GGUCCAUUCAGCAACAAUGUUCUCCACUGCAGUAGUAUUCCUAGUCAUACUAACGUCUUCCUUUGCGCAACCGGAGGGACCUGGACCUGAAGGUCCAGGACCAGAGUUACCUGAACCUCCAGGGCUACCUGACGCUAAUGUGACAUGCCCUGAUGGUACUAUCCCUGCAGGGCCUUGUAUCGGAAAUAGCUGUCCCCCCGGGUACGAGUGUCUUGAUAGCAUACAGCAAUGCUGUCCAUCGAAUGUCACAGUCCAUCCAAUAGUACCUACCGCCGUUCCCAUACAGCCAACGGCCAGCCCUGAUGGCUGCCAAGACCAAGUCAACCCGAAAACUAAAAAAUCAGAGUGCGCUCAAGUUGCUUUGCUGUGUAAUGUAGACAAAUACUACGAAUUCAUGACUGAACAAUGCCCAGUCACAUGUCAUAGAUGUCCAAUCCCAGCAGAUAAAUGCGUGGAUUUGGUGAAUCCCAGCACGAAUGAAUCAGACUGUAAGAAACGAAAAAGUCUUUGUGCCAGUUCUGUUUACGCUCCACUCAUGAGGAUCCAAUGCCCUAAAACAUGUGGUUUGUGCGCGAGCACUAGAAUGUAUAUGCCAAGUAGGAUAAGCUCAUUGUCAGAAGAUCUGGAGGAUAAAAUCAGAGACCAUCCCUCGCUGACAUCAUUUUACGAACAAAUGACUCAAGAUAAACUGGGACAAGAAGAUUCGACAGAAGUUUCAUCCGAGGAUGGCAAAGACAUCAGUCUGUUCUGAUAUUGCACAUAUACCCCCAAAAAAUGCGUUUACAUCUCAGUACAACUUGCAUAAAUAUCUCCUACUACUUCCCAAGUGCCUUACGAUGAAUGAUUAAAAUCUUGUUUGGCCUGUGAGUUGGAGAUUAGUUUCCUCUAUCUGUUUCUCACAGAAUAAAAUAAGUAGUAAAUUGGGU